GAAUCAAAUUGGAUUAGGGGAUUAUGAUCCUGGAGUGGGGGACACGGCACUCUAGGAACUUCCCUGGCUCUCAGAUGAAGUGAAAGAGAAGUCCAGAUGAAAGAGAGCCCUUGGGGCUUAGUCCCUACCAUGUCCGUUAUUCCUGAUCUCCUACCACCACCAGGAGGCUUCCCCAACCCCAUUUUUCUCUGCCACUCCUGACCGCCCUCACCUCUGUCCCUAUCCAAAUCCCUCUUGGUCUCAUUUGCAUUUUCUCUCUCACCACAUGGUCUUGGCCCCCAUGCCACCCACUCCUAUUAGACCUCUCUGUUCUAUCCCUCUUCUCUAUUGUUCUUCAAUUUAUUCCAUUUCCUCUUUCUUCUCUGUUCUAAUUCGCACAGGACCCAGUCCUUUCUCCUCCAUUCUUGAUUUCCCUUCCAUUUCUAUUUCUCUCUCUAACCUUCCCCUCACACAUUCAUUCCUCUCCAGUGGUCUGUUCUUCUCCCUCCCAUACCCCUCUCCCCCUUUGAGUUCCGAUCCAUUGUCCCCUUAGUCUUCAAUACCUUCCAGCCUUCCCCCAUGGUCUCCAUUCUGUUUCUCCCUCGACUGUCAACAGCCCUUCCCCAUUGGUCCCGCAUUCAUUCUAUUACUCCCGCUGGUUCUCGUUCCGUUCCAUCCCUGCCUGACUCCCGUUCUACGCGCACCACCACGUCAGCCCCGGUCCGUUGGUGUCCGUCCGGACCUCCCGCAGGCCGAGCAGAAGCCCCCGCCAUGGCGCGGCACCGGCGCCCAGGCCGCAGCCCCCCAAAGCCCGCAGCUCCCCCUUCCAGCUCCCUCUGGAGCCUGGCGCUGCUCCUGGCUCUCCUCGGGGUCGCUGCCACUGCUAGCACCUGGGGCUUUGCGGGCUACCGAGAGGCUCAGGCGAGGGCGCAGCGGGAGGCAGUACUGAAGUCUCUGGGGACCGAAGGCCAAUUCCUGUUCGCCUCUCUGGACACUGACAGGGACUUGUCCAUCAGCCCCGAGGAGUUCAGACCCAUUGCUGAGAAACUAAGGGACAUCAACAGAGACUAGAGGUGGAUGGAUGAACAUGAGGGAAAAGGAAACAUUGUCACAUCCUCUUUACCUAAAGCUUCAUUUUCCCAUCUGAGGAAUAUCCCAUCUCCCCGCUGAGGACAAAUGAGAGGACUUAUGAGAUCAUCUCUGGACCUAAAUGCUGGAAAUCAUUAUCAAUGGUCACUAUCACUGAGGAAAGAAAGUAAUCAUGUUGGAAGAAUCAAGGCAAGCUAAUGACUAGUUUUCUCAGAUCCUCAAAGCUCCUUUUGUCUUAGGUUUUAUUAUGAUCUCAGCUGCUCUCACAAAAUGGAAUUUCAGAUACUUUUAUGAUUGCAGUUUACAAAUAUGUAAAUAAUAAAAGCUUUGGAAGUGAGAUAAGUAUAAA